AUGAUUGAACAAGACGAUUUGAUCGACUACGACGAAGAAGACGAGAAUAUUCCCACUGAAGUCGCCCCCACCCAACAACCUGCUAAUAAUAACCAAGAUGCCCCCGAGGAAGAUAAAAAAGACAAAAAGGGAAGUUAUGUCGGUAUUCAUUCUACCGGCUUUCGAGAUUUCUUGUUGAAGCCCGAGUUAUUGCGUUCUAUUGUUGAUUGCGGUUUUGAACAUCCAUCUGAAGUUCAACAAGAAUGUAUUCCUCAGUCCAUUCUUGGCAUGGAUGUUUUGUGCCAAGCGAAAUCUGGAAUGGGGAAGACUGCCGUCUUUGUAUUAGCUACCCUUCAACAAGUUGAACCUGUUGCUGGUGAAGUCUCGGUCAUUGUACUUUGCCAUACUCGUGAGCUGGCCUAUCAAAUUAGAAACGAGUAUACUCGAUUCAGCAAGUAUAUGCCUGAGAUUAAGAUUGACGUCUUCUUUGGCGGAACUAUAGUUAAGGAUGAUCAAAAAAAGUUCUCAAACAAAGAUACCGUUCCACAUAUUGUGGUUGGUACACCUGGAAGGGUUUUGGCCUUGGUGAACGAAGGGCACCUUAAGGCUGGGAGCGUCAAGCAUUUUGUACUUGAUGAAUGUGACAAAAUGCUAGAUCAACUUGACAUGAGACGUGAUGUCCAAGCAAUCUUUCGAAAAACUCCUCAUAACAAGCAAGUUAUGAUGUUUAGUGCCACUCUUAGUAAAGAAAUCAGACCAAUUUGCAAGAAAUUUAUGCAAAAUCCUCUUGAAAUUUACGUUGAUAACGAAACAAAGCUCACACUACACGGCCUACAACAGUAUUUCCUAAAGUUAAAUGAAUCUGCCAAGAACCGAAAAUUAAAUGACCUCUUGGAUACACUUGAAUUUAAUCAAGUGUGUAUAUUUGUAAAAUCCGUUUCACGAGCAAACGAAUUAAACAAACUUCUCUGUGAUUGCAAUUUUCCGAGUAUUUGUAUUCACGGUGGUAUGACCCAAACCGAUAGAAUUGCUAAAUAUAAAGCUUUCAAGGACUUUCAAAAACGAAUAAUGGUUGCCACAGAUGUAUUUGGCCGCGGCAUUGAUAUCGAACGUGUAAAUAUCGUCAUUAAUUACGACAUGCCUGAUGGUCCAGAUACAUACCUACACAGAGUCGGUCGUGCUGGUAGAUUUGGAACAAAAGGAGCCGCAAUCACCUUUGUGUCAAAUACCGAGGACGCUGAAAUCUUAAACAAGGUUCAAGAGCGUUUCGAGGUGAACAUCACUCCACUUCCGGAUGAAUUGGAAAUUAAUAAUUACAUGGCGUCAUAA